AUGGCUGAGGAGCUCGGGGAGCUGCUGCGGGAGUUCGAUGAGGUGAUGGAGGACUUUGAGCGAGGUCCUGCGUGUCAGUACGAGCAGCACCUGGAGGAGCUGAAGAAGAAAGUGGCACACAGAGUGUAUGACAGCGGCAUCGAGGAGCUGGAGAGUACCAGCACAUCUCCAGGGAGCAGUCUGAACUCCAGCGAGGAGGACCUCAACACGCCUGCAGAUGCUUUCCCCUCCAAAGCCAAGCUUGGAGACACGCAGGAGCUGGAGGAGUUCAUUGCAGACCUGGACAAGGUGUUGGAGG